AGCAGCCAACCAGAGAGGGGUGCAUUGCAAAUCACACAAUAGCAUCAGUUAUUCGAAAGAUUCAAAAAAAAUCAUCAAGUGCAUCUUCGAGAUAGUUCAACGACAAGAUUUUUUUUUUCUUUCCACAGCCAUCAUCAUCGAGUCCAACUUGUGUGCUUUCUUUUUUUUAUCCACGGCGACAUGUCGUUAACCGCCUUGCUCUCACCAGCGCCACGCCCGCUCUUCAACCGCCGGCGAUGAGACUUUCAAACCGUCCCUGUUUCAAGUUGGGUGCUAGUGCCACCACGUGGUUUCAUUCGCCUCAGCACCGGCGACACCCUGCGUCGAACCGCCGUACGAACCACUGCUGCGACACAGAAGAGACUGGUUUAGGUCACGACACUGGUUGCAUGACUGUAGCAGCUGUGUUGCCGUCACAGGCUGUAGGAGAAGUUGAACGAGAAAAAUACAGUAACAAAUAAAUAAAAACAGGCAAAAUAUGGCAAGAGGCAAGUGCGUACAGGAAGAAGAGAAAAAAAGAACACCACACAUGCACAUCGUCGCUCAGGCACAUUUCGCACAGACUAAGCACCGCCGCCAUGCCACCCACACCACCUGGCCUCGCCUCUAUACCGCCUUGUACUGUCCCGCAUAAAGGAUUAGCCGCCUGCAGUUCAACGGCGCUAUGUCCCUGGUAAGCCCCUAGCGAGGGCUCCCAAGUGCAUCAGAUUUGUUACAGAAGACCCCGGCCGAGGUCACCAUGCGCUUCUUGUUAUGCGCUGUACACAACACCCCUGCGUCGAUCUGACUGGUGAAAAGAAAAUACCGCCUGCCCCCGCUGCUGUCUUGUCAUGUUCAUCAUUCACAUACAGUGCCAACCCUAUUCCAAGAGCUCCUCGCUCACAUGGCAUGUUUUGUGUUGACAUCUCUGUGACGCUGGCGGAGUCACUGGUUCAACUUCUCUUACACCCCAAACGAGGUCAACUUGACUUUUCUUCUUACCACCGCCACUUCCCUCUGCUUGAUUUCUUGCAACUGCAUAUUCAUUGGGAGUGGCCAAUAAUAGUUACGACUCAUAAUCUUUAAUUCAUUCACAGCGGAACCGACACGACUACCAUCGCAUGCCGCAUUCGACACAUACCCAACCACGAAGCCGAUAGGCAAACCUCCACCGCCGCCACCACCUCUAAUCUUAAUAACCAUCUACAGCCUGGAGCUGAGUCACACGACAUGAAGAAGGAUAUUUUGGUGGCCGGGGCGGAGCCGGGGCAUAACCAAACCACAGUCACAAACAGCGCUGGCAGGAUUCCAGCUGCGGUGAGUGUGGCAGAGGUCAACCCCAAUGAUAGCAAGGUGUUACCGCUUAUUAUAAAGACGGAUCUUAGGUCGACUGCUCCAGUAGCGCCUCCAUCUACUAGUCUAACCCCGAGUCUGACCCCGUCUGGCUCGGCGUCUCAAUCACCAAGCUCUACGAGUCCGGCGACGGCGACACCGACAAUCAACAACCCAGCUGCACCGAUAUUGCCAUCGUCAAAGCCAGCUUCAUCGCCCACGUCGUCCUCUCCCACAUCGACGUCUCCGACGGCAUCAACGCCUGUUGCUGAAAGUAAAGCUCCACCAAGCGCAACUCCUAGUGAUUUGACUUCAGGAAAGAUUCAACUGCAGGAUGGGCAGAAACCAGGAGGUGAUAAGCCUGCCUCACUCGAGGUAGCAAAAGGUACGCCGUCAGCAGUACCGCCAGGCUCAAAGCCUGCUACAUCUGAGCCUGCUCCUACACAAACCGAGAUUGUAAACCCACAGCUCUCAAGCCCAGUGGGAGCGAAUCCCACUUCCAUCACCUUGGACACUUCAAGUAUUCCUGUCGCCAAGACAUCAGCACCUGCGCCUACUACACCUACUGAGACGCCGACGCCGACCUCGCUAUCUACAUCUCUCACCACAUCGAUAUCUUCAAUUCCCAAGCCAACAUCUUCUCUUCUCAUUGCCGGCGGACCCGCGCCUGACCCUCAGCCGACCCCGGACACCAUCUUUGCGGUAUCUGGCACGAGCACUGCUGCGCUCCAUGGCCCAGCCGGUACGAGCAGUGCCAAUGGAGCCAGCUCUGCUGCAGCUGAUAUCGAUGCAGGCCAGCAAAGCUCUGCACCACGCACAAGCGUUGUGGUUGGAGCCUCGGUUGGAAGUGUUGCUGCCAUUGCAUUGAUUGCAGUGCUCUUCUGGAUCUUCCGUCGCCGGCAUAUGAAGAAGAUACAGUCGGAGCCAACCACCCCGACUGGCUUUGGUCCUUCGGCUGGACGCUACCGACAUGAGAAGCAAUCUAGCGUGGAUGAAUCAAGGAUUCACGUCCCAGCUCUUGAUCUUCCUAGCAGAGCCCGCGGCUCAUACAUGGGUGCUCCCAGAAGCCGCAGUGCCGAGAGACCAGGCGCCGGAUUCAACGAGGCACGAGCAUCGAUGCACAACCGAUCCACAUCAGCACUUACAGGCUCCAGCGUCUCUGAGAAUCCCUUUACAGAUACCUAUGCUGUGCCAAAGAGAUCUCCUGGCCAGCCGCUGAAAGGCAUAAUGAAACCACCCCCACCUAUCCCGUCCAUCCCGCCCCGGUCUAUGGCCCGAUACACCAAUAACACAGACAUCCCUCCCGUGCCAUCGUUGACGGUGCCGGAUGAGUAUGCUGUGACACCUAAACGACUAAACUUGCCGCGGGACAAGUUCCAUUCCAAUCCAUUUGAUCUGGAAGAUAAUAUAGCGGCUCGCCCUCUUCCCCCGCACCGAACCAGCUCCAUCUACCCCGACGAGGACAUGAUGGGCGGUGGUGGUGGUGAUAGCGACUACGAGGACGUUAUUCCCUUGGACUUGGACAAGGCCCGAGUCGCACGAGAUAGCCCAACGUUACCUGUAGGCGGUGGCUGGACUGGCCGAGUUGGCAGCGCAGUGUAAACCGGUCUAGCUAGCUCAGCUCUAUUGUAUACAUUUUACAUAGCAUUAUCCUCUGUACAAUUACAAAGCCUCAAUACAAUUACUUCUACAUU